AUGGCUGGUCCUUCACGUCCCGCUGGUGCCCAUGGCGGCCACCCCAUCCACAUCCACCCCGUCCGUCCUCUCUACAGAUUCGCUGCCACUGGCCUCGGUGCCAGCAUGUGGUUCUUCGUAUGUCGUCUCCUCCCUACUGUUCAUUCAACAAGUCUGACUCCUCUACAGUUGAUGUACAGAGCCAGAAAGGUACCCAAUCCCAACUCGCGCGCCCCGACAGAAUCACCCGUAUUGACUUUGACCNNAAAGGACGGCCCUGCUCUCCUCGGCUGGAAGCACCCCUGGGAUCAUUAG